AUUGCGUUCCUCACGCUUUACUUUGGAUAUAUCAGGUGUCUUCCCGCACCCGUCUUCCUCGCUCGUCUUCCUUCUGCCCUUGAGGUCUUAACGCUCACCCGUUUUCCCGUUUCCUCUUUCGUUCCUUGUUCGACAGUGAAUCAUGAAGGUUGCGAGUGGAAGCACCGCCGCUGGUCCCAGCUGCGCGCUCAAGGCCGGAAAGGUAUCCGGAGGCGCCGGGGAAGUGGUUCGUUGCCUGUCGGAACAGAGUGUCGCCAUCUCUCGCUGCGGUGGGGCCGGGACCCGGCUCCCUGCCCUGUUGGACGAGCAGCAGGUGAACGUACUGCUCUACGACAUGAAUGGGUGCUACUCGCGCCUCAAAGAACUGGUGCCUACGCUCCCCCAGAACCGCAAGGUCAGCAAGGUGGAGAUCCUGCAGCACGUCAUUGACUACAUCUGGGACUUGCAGCUGGAGUUGGACUCUCAAGCCGCCGGCACCCCCGGGGCCCGCGGUCUCCCCGCCCGGGCGCCCCUCACCACCCUCAACGGCGAAAUGAGUGCCCUUGCGGCCGAGGCUGCCUGCGUUGGUGCAGAUGAUCGCAUCCUGUGUCGCUGAGACGUUCCUCGGACCACCACGGACUCUGGAAGCUGGGGCGAGAGAGAGAGAAGCGCCCGUGGUUUUCCCAGAUUUCCCCAUUCUCCUCCCGCCCUCGUGAGGAACGAGAGGUGUCGGGGAGGCUUGCAGUUCUGCGUGGGGAGUGAUCUCGCACAAACCCCUUGGGAUGAGCUGGUCCAUCUCAGUGCGCCCCGUUGGGACUGGAGGGCAUGGAACCUAUGCUGCAUCAGGGGCCGGAGGCCUCCGGGCCCCAGUGAAACUCUUGACUUCUCUGUGCAAGGGGGAGACCUGUUUAUUUUUUCUAAAGACAGUCCUUGAAAAAAAUGUAAUUGUUUUUUGCUUCUCAGAUUUCUGAGAAAAUAAUUUUGUAUUGUAUAUUACAAUGAUUAUUGAGAAUAUUGU